GCGGCGAGCGGACGUGUUUUUAAAUUACGAGCGGAAAAAGCAAAUCGAAAGAAGUGCGAUUACCGCAGAAAAACAGAGAUUUAAAAUUAUAAGGAAUAGAAAAUAAAAAAUAUUACAAGCAAAGUGCGCGAUUUCCACCACUUGCAGUGUUGUGAAAUUACCAACCAAAGCUAACGGCAAAUGCGAAAGCCGAUUCAAAAAGUGCACACACAAAAAACGUGACGCCAGAUUUUCAAUAUUCUCAAGCCGAAAAUCAUGUGUUUUUUUGUUAUACCCUUGUGUUUUGUGUUAAAUGUAGUUGUUGACAAACCGAUAUAUUAAAUUGUGUGCGGCGAAAAUCCCUUGCUUAGUGUUUGUUAUUAUUAAAUUCCCUUUAUCGUUUACCAAACACAACAAAACCAACAAACCUGAAGAAAAAAAAUUUAAGGAAAACGCCAACAAACCCAGAAAACAAACCAAAAACAAACCGCGAAAUUUGCAGGUUAGCCCAAAAGAGGCGAAAAAAUCAAUUAUAUGUUGGCCAGUGCCGGAUUUGCAGUGGAAUCGGGUUGAGUGCCAUCGAUAGCCACACAAACACACAAUAAUGACGGAGCACCAGGCGGAGGAGCAGGCGGCCACGCCGCCCUCCAAGGUCAAGGCCACGGCCACGCCCACCCCCAACUCGAAGUUCAAGGACGCGAAGGAGGAGGGCUUCCUCUCCACCUCGCCGGAUAGCGCCAACGGCGAUGCCCAGCAGAAGCUGCCAGCGGACCAGCUGGCCAUCUCCUCGAACGGCCUCCAUCCGGAAAAGUCGGGCGGAGCCCGCCCCCUCAUCCUGCAAGCCUUCCAUCGCUGCUCCUCGCCGGAACAGUGCGUCACGCUGCACAACAUCCUGGACUCCUUCAAGGCCCCCCUGUCCGAGGAUCAGGCCUGGGCCCUCAUCCACCAGUUCGCCAGCCUCUACCACCAGGUGGCCGUGCAGGCCCACUCCUGUCCAGCGGACUACGAGGCUUCCCUGCCCACCGGAUUCGAGUUGCACUUCCACCGCGACGGCAGUGUGCACUUUUCCGGCCAGGAGCAACUCCCCGCCAGCGAGGAGCGGGUGCCCCAGGAGCGGAAUCCCCCGGAACAGGACGAUGGCGGGGAUCAGCCGGAUCGCAGCUCCAGCAGCAGCGCCAUCGCCAUCAACCGAGCCUUCGACAACAACAACCAUCAUCAUCAUCACCAUCACACGCCGCUCGUUGUUUCGCAUAGAAAGAUUAUCAGCGAACUGGCGGAAAUCGUCUACACCGCACUGGAUUACAAUUUGCCGGAGGACGAGGAGUGCCAAAUGUCACAGGAGCUGGAGAAUCUGUUCAAUUUUAUGACGGCAGAUGAGACAGACGAUGAUUGCAUUGACGAGGGCAUCGACGAGGGCGACAAGCGCUGGGACGACGAUUCCGAGGAGGAGCGAAACGAUACCAAAGAACUGGAGCACAUUAUCCAGACCUGCAGAAAUCAUAUAAAAACCACCCUGCCUGAGAACCAUUAUAAAGCUGUUUGCAGAGCCCUCGUGACGGAGACCAUAGAACUCCGUGUGUUUCUGCAGCAGGUCCUGAACAAUGCAGGUGCCGAGAAGCUGAUCAAAGCCUCGGAAUCUUCGGCCACAACGCAACAAGAACUGGCGAAGCUGGGCUUCAACGACUGGGCACGCUUCUGGGUGCAGGUGAUCGACGAACUGCGGAAGGGAGUCCGCCUGAAGAAGAGCAACCACGAGCGCACUCCCAUCGAAUACGAGCUGACGCCCUACGAAAUACUCAUGGGCGAUAUUAGAGCCAAAAAGUAUCAAUUGCGCAAGGUGAUGGUGAAUGGAGAUAUUCCGCCGCGCGUCAAGAAAGAUGCCCACGCGAUGAUCUUGGAGUUCAUCAGGUCACGGCCGCCGCUAAAGAAGGCCAGCGAUCGCCAGUUGGGACCGCCGCGGAUGUGCGAACCUUCGCCGCGGGAACAGCUGAUGGAGUCCAUCCGGAAGGGCAAGGAACUCAAGCAGAUCACUCCACCCGAAGCACCGACCCUGAGACAAAGGAUGCUUCCAAGUGCAAACUCCACGCUGUCACGAUCCAGACAGCGGCUCAUCAAAGUGGAUUUCUCCAAGUUUCAGGAGGACGAUCUCUUCUAUGAUGAGUCGAUCAGUAGCACCCACUCCGCAGCGGCCACCAACCAGCACCACCAUCCUCAUCCGAAUCUGGCCGAGAUGCACCGCUGCUCGCAGCCCAAAAUGCCGCCAUAUCCAUUCGGUGGCUACAUGGUGCCCAGCCAGGCACGACAAGAUUGCCGGGAGACGGCGUCGCUGAUGCGGCCCCGACGCACAAUGGAGCCAGCUAAACAGACGGCGCCUCCAGAAGAGCCAUCCUUCACGGAGGACGAGUACCACAGGUUCUACGACACGGCCCUGGAAUCCUACGACCUGGCCACUCAGUGCGAGUCGAGGAGGGCUUCCCUGCGCCGCCACACCAUCGUGGGAUGCCAGAGCAACCUGGACGAGACGCACUCCAUGCCGCCCACGCGGCCUGAAUCGCGUCAAUCGGACGACGUCAAUAAGGAGACGCCCAAGAAAAGUCCCGCGGAGCAGUCGCAACCCACAGACGAGGCCAGUUCAACAUCCUCGCUUGGGCCAUGGAACAAGUCCUUCAUGGACAAACAGACGUGGAUGGAACGGGGGGACGAUCGGCUGUCCGUCACGCUGGCGGAGAUCGUUCACAUCCGUUCCGUCAUGACCAAGGCGGAGCUGGAGGGCCUGCCGAUGGACGUGCGCGUCAAGGAGGAUGUUGAAAAGCGUCGCGUCUGCUUCCUGUGCCUGCGCACCCGCUUCUCGUUCUUCGGUCCCUGGGGCAUCCAGUGCAAGCUGUGCCAGCGCACCGUUUGCGCCAAGUGCUACACCAAGAUGCGCAUUCCCUCGGAACACUUCCGCAACGUGCCCCUCGUGCUGAUCUCGCCUUCGCUGCUGUCCAGUCCGGCCAGCUCGAGCACACCAUCGCCCUCCCAUCACGCCCACCAGGCGCACUCUUCUUCGACGGGGAACAUCAUGGAUGACCAGUUCCCCAAGUCCCUGAUCGAGCGACUCCUGCGCUCCGAGUCAGAUCGAAAGACUCGCACCACUGUGGGCAGUGCCCCAUCCUCGCCCAAGCACCAAAGAUCAAACAUGAGCACGCCGGGCAUCAGCGUGGGACCCGGAGCAUCCUGCUCCUCCCGCGCGGCUGCCACUGGACAGGCUGUGGAGGCACUGCACGACCAGGCGGCCAUGUCGGCCUCCUACUCCGCUGCCAUGCGACCCUCGGGCGUUCACCAGCAGAAGCAGCAGUACAACAACGCCAUGUCGAGGAGCAUGGAGGGACCCAGGAGUCUGCCGGUGCACAGCCCAGCAUAUCGACCGCUCUCCAACAACAGCACGCUGGAGAGGAAAUCCCGCUUCUCGAGGGGCUUCAACCUGUUCUCCUCGGGCAGCCAUCUCGCCCAGACGCAGGAGCAGAAGGAGAACCUGCGGGGCGAGCAGGUGACCGUGUGCAACGACUGCCAGGGAUUGGUCAACGAGAUCACCAGCUCCGUGAAGCAGAAGCGCAGCUCUGCCAGAAACCGCACCAUUCAGAAUCUCACCCUGGAUCUGACGCCCGUCUGGAAAUAGGCGGCGAUCGGAAUGAAUCAAAGUGGAGGGCUUUUGAAGACCUUAGGACAGUUGCAAUGGAAUGUUCUUACGACUGACCUUGCUGUUAAUCUCUUGAUGACUUGAUGACUCAUUGACGACAACGGACAUUAUUUGAUUACUGACCGCGUAUUCCAGAACUGUAUGCGUUUUCAUGUUCAGUGCGACUGUUUUAGGGCCUUUGAAACGCUCUUCGAUAAUUAGCUAUUUACAUUUGUAUGGUUUAGAUCGACUGUUGUACACAUUAAAGGAUAGAGCCUCAAGGAGCCUCGUUUGUAAA